UUGGGCCAAAAGGAUGAGAAGGAUGUGGGCAAAGAAGGGCCAUCCUAUAGAGGGAGGCUGAGUUGCCAUAUGGGCCAGGGAGCCAGGGCAAUGUCCCCUGUGGCAUGAACAUUUAUUUGCAAGGAUCAAAAUACAUUUUUGUUCCUUGCCUUGUCCUUCAGAUCCUCAGUAGGAGUUUUGCCCCUGUGAUGACCUUGAGCUCAUGGCUGCCUGGAUGGCAGAUGAGUUGCAGGCUGGGGCCAGGGAGAAGGGAUGUUGCCCCCUGUUUUGGUGGACACCAGAAUGGUGAUAAAGAAUGGCCACAGGGAACAGAGAAAAUACCUUCAACGGAAGUAGAAAACAGAGCACUGGUGGUCCCAAAACUAUGAUCUCUCAGAGAAAUAUUGGGGACAUUUUGGAGGUUUUUAUCAGAAAAGGGAUUUGAAUCAAUUUAUUGUGAUCUCAAAGGGCAGGGGAACCCUAACAGGACAUGUUGAUUACACCAUAGAAACUCAGCCCUCUAACUUGUCUUUCUUUGCAAUGGACAAUGUUGUGUUUGCUAGAACCAGGGCACAGACAAUGACAUAGCUGUUUCUUAACAGUAAAUUUGAAUACAUCACCAUGUGCAGUCAACUUGCUUGCCAACUUAAGAACAGCCUGAUGAAAUAUUCUGCCUGUUAAACCUAUCAUUGCCACAAUGAAAGACUCUGUAGGCACUAAUCACAACAUGCAGCCUUAUGUUCGAUCAUAGCUUUUAAAAAUUGAUGAUAUAGGGAUUUGUACUUAUACUCAAUGCGUUUUUCCUUCAGAAACCUGAUUGGCUGUUCUAGGUGCUGUGAAUAACAUAAAUUGAGUUCUUAGUUGGGAGAAAUCAAAAGAAUCAAGCAUCCCUGAGUCUCAGACAGAAACUUACUUUGCAUAUAUGUAUUCAAAAUGUAUGAGGAUUUUAUUCAUAAUUUGGUAUUCUUCCUAUCGUGCUUAUUUAUUUUUCUGCAUUUCAUGUUCAAGAGAUGCAAGUGUAUUCUGCAUUUGUAAUACUUUAUGCUGUCAAUGUUCUAUUACUUCUUCAGUUGCUCCAUAAUUUAAUUAGACUCUGACCACUUAAAUGAAUCAUUUUACUUUCCAAUACAGCAAAGUGCUUGCUUACAUUAUUUUAUACUUUAGUUUCAGAAUCUACUUUUUAGAGCCAAAUUUCUCAGCAAAAUAUUUAUUUUAAUUACUUGCUAAUUAAGAUAAAAAAUAAUUUUUUAACAGGCUGUGAGCCACUACUUUGAAAAACAUUGUAUCUAAUUACAUCAAAUAGAACAUCAACUAAAUGAUUUUUCUCAUUAAUUCAAACUUGAAAAAAAAACAGAUUUAGGAGGUACAAAAUGUCUGUGUACUUUCAGAGCCAGCAUUAUUACACAUGAUGUUCACUUUCUAUGCAAAAUCUACGAUCUUUCUGAUAAUUUUCGAAGUCAAUAAUUUGUACCACAAAGCAAUGUGCAUGUUUUCGGAUUGCCUGUCCUGCUUCAUGUCCCAAGGGUCUUAUUUGUGGAAUAAUUACAGUGCGGUAUCAAACAAAAGGAAAAUGCCAAUGACUAGAUAUGACAUCUUUUAAGUAGAAGUCAUUCAAAAUUCACGAAAUAAUCACAGAAUAUUAGCGCCGUCCUCUCCCUUCUGUUCAUCCACAUCUUUUGCUCCACAUCUAGACCUCAGAGAUGUUACCUGAGAGGCUUGCCUGUAGUCAUCCCAGUUGGAGCCCCUGCAACUUCACUCCACUCCUUCCUUACUCCAUUUUGGCAAAUUAUUUAAUGUCUUUUCUCAGAUGAUUAGUUUUUAUUCUCAACAGUAGCAACGCUCAGGAAGAUUGUAGAAAAAAAUGUUUCUGUUAGUUCUGCUUAUAAAAUUAUCAAAUACUGUGCUCCUUGAUUUUCUCAACUUUUAGAGUCAACUCAAUUCUUUUGGCUGUUAAUUAUAAGCUACACUUAGCUUCUACGACUCUAUAGGCUACACAGGUAUAGGCAAAUGCCAUGCACAAUCACGUAACGAUGGAUCAUUCAUGUCCCUACAACUUGUUCAGCUCUCAACCUAAAUGAAAAGCAUCUUUAUCACUACUGUGACUCCAGAAACAAGGAAGUGGGCUGAGGACUGGAAAUCAUGUAGGAAUGAAGUAACCUCACAAAGAAUAGCCCCAUCCUUUUUACUAGCAGCUGACUAAUACAAAUUAUAUGGGUUUUAUGAAUUAUUAAUUAUGUCCAUAUUUGCAGAGAGAUAAGAAAAGUGGGUGUUGACUUAUAUUUCAGGGCCAUCCAGAAAUGGGGAUCUGGAUUUUAUCUGCCUGCCUCCUGGGAGCAGCCUUCGCUAUGCCCCUCCCACCUCAUCCGGGGGACCCUGGUUAUAUCAACUUCAGCUAUGCGGUGCUGACCUCUCUGAAGUGGUACCAGAGCAUUGCUUCUCACCGGUACCCUUCCUAUGGAUACGAACCCAUGGGUGGAUGGCUGCACCACCAAAUCAUUCCCGUGCUGUCCCAGCAGAAUCCCCCGAAUCACACCCUGCAGCCUCAUCACCACACCCCCGUGGUGCCAGCUCAGCAGCCUGUAGUCCCCCAGCAAUCAGUGAUGCCAGUUCCUGGCCAACAUUCUAGGACUCUGACCCAACUCCACCAGGCAAACCUCCCUCUACACCCCCAGCAGCCCUUCCAGCCUCAGCCCCUGCCGCCACAGCCACCUCUGCCUCCGAUGUUCCCCAUGCCGUCCCCCGUGCUUCCUGACCUGCCUCCAGAAGCUUGGCCAGCAACAGACAAGACCAAGCGGGAGCGAGUGCUGAGUAUACCUUGAAGCCACUAGAACAUCUGUGAGAAUAGUAAAGCAAAACUGUCCCCUAGAGUCUAAGUUCUCGAACAAUCUAGGGUCUA